AGGCGCCUGAGCCCGAGCGGGGCCCGCCAGCGGUCCGGCCCGGCCCCGCACAGGCUCCCGUCGGCGGCGCCCCCGGAGCGGCCCGGCUGCCCGAUGCUCCCGCCCCGGCUGCGAGCUUAGCGCUCGGCCCAGGCCCCCCUAAGCGCCCGGCGGGGCUCAACGGCGGCCUCCGGCCCCGCGGAGACGGAGCGGCUCGAGGACGAGGCGGCGGCGGCGAGGAGGAGGAGGAGGAUGGGGGCUAACCAGUUAGUGGUGCUCAACGUGUACGACAUGUACUGGAUGAACGAAUACACCUCAUCUAUUGGAAUUGGAGUUUUUCAUUCAGGAAUUGAAGUUUAUGGUAGAGAAUUUGCUUAUGGUGGUCAUCCUUACCCUUUUUCUGGAAUAUUUGAGAUUUCCCCAGGAAAUGCUUCUGAACUAGGAGAAACAUUUAAAUUUAAAGAAGCAGUUGUUUUAGGAAGCACUGACUUCCUAGAAGAUGAUAUAGAAAAAAUUGUAGAAGAACUGGGAAAAGAAUACAAAGGCAACGCUUAUCAUUUGAUGCAUAAAAAUUGCAAUCACUUCUCUUCAGCUUUAUCAGAGAUUCUUUGUGGGAAAGAGAUUCCUCGCUGGAUCAAUCGGCUUGCCUACUUCAGCUCCUGCAUACCCUUUCUACAGAGUUGCCUCCCGAAGGAGUGGCUCACACCAGCAGCCCUGCAGUCCAGUGUCAGCCAGGAGCUGCAGGAUGAACUGGAGGAGGCAGAGGAUGCUGCAGCAGCCGCUUCUGUGGCAAGCGGUGCAGCAGGCUCCAGGCCUGGGCGCCACACUAAACUAUAAUUGUCUCCAAAGUCACACCCUCAGAACUGUCUCUGGCAGUUGAAUAUCACUAGAGAAGAGUUAACAGAGUAAGCGUCCUUUGGAUAUUUUGUAUGCAAAGAUAGCUCUCCCCCAAAUCCCAGUUUUUCAGCUCAGGAUUAUAUUUGUAAUCAAAAAAAAAAAUCACUUGGCGCAGGAGGGAGAACUUUGUACGAAGCUGCCCUCUGGCUUUUUUACCCACUUGUAAAUUUGGAUUUACUUCUUCUGUUUUAUACAAGCUCUGUUAAGUUAUGUUUACAGUAUUUUGUAUCGCUGUUUACAAAUCUUGCAUGGACUCCUGCCACCGUGAAAAGAAGAGAAUCUUCAUGUCUUCAAAAAUUAGGCAGGUAAUCUUGGUACACUUCUGACAGUUGCCAGAGCCAUGGCAUACAUAAUAGGCACACUUCACGCACAUGGUUAGAGUCCCCGUUCCCUGCUUACGGAGUGUGUUAGGUCUGUUUAUUUUCUUAACGUUGUGGGCACCAGGAAGCCGAGAACCGUACCAGCCAGAGGUGAGGGGGCACAGCUUGGGAGCAUGAGCCCGGUGCCCCUGGCACUUUGUCCCCUCAGAGUAGCACAUGAUGCUUUCACUCCAGUGUCUGUCCACAGAGGCAGGGUGGGGCAGCCUGGUGUCUGUCUGGCUUUGAUACCUCCGAUUCUAUACUUCAGUUGUUUUUUGUUAAAGAUUCGUACAGUAACUGACAAGUGUUUUUGCACAUGUUUGCGGGGAGGAGCUUCAUUUGUAUUCAUACUUAUUUCUUCCCUGAACAGGGUUUUGUUGACGGGGAAGAAUAUCUUAAGCGUAGCCUUUUGAGUAGCAGUAUGAGUUGACAUUCAACUGCUUUUAAUUAUACAGGCUACCUUUUAUACUAGACCUUGAAACCUAAAGUAACAUAUCCCAAAAAGAUUAUUCUUUAAUAUUUCAUACCUUUUAUGUCCCGUAUCAGAAAGAAUCCGUCAAGGGUUAUUAGUUUUUUAUGGGAGUAGUUUGACCUCAUAAUAAAAUGCCUAGUCUCAUUGACUUCUGUUUGAAAAUCUUUUGUCUUAAAAAUUCCAUCUUUUAUGUUUUCUCAAAUGUACGUCUUACACAGCAUACCCUAAGAUUCUUGAAGUUGUCAUCACAGAUAAAUCCUUGUUAGCAAGGAAUCUGUCUGCCUGAGUCUACUCCCAGUUAGACCCUCGGAUGUAAGAACCAAGUCAUUCCAUGUGAAAUUCACUUUUUCUGCCUUAAGAAUGAAUGUCCUACGUAAAAUAUUGGAUGCAGUGUAUAAAAAGGCAGUGACUUCAGCUUUAUAAAUAUAUGGCUAGUGUUAGAGUUAUCUACAUUUAUUUAAUCUUUUAGAUUGGAUUGUUUGCUAUUGCUCUAUGUGAAGAUACAUAUCUUUCAGUAAACUACACUUAUAACUUUUCCAUAAGCUGAUUUUGACUCAUUUUAUCAACAUAAGCACACCCUGUUCAUAGGGAAAAUAAACCUUGGGUUAGAAUCAUUGGCCUGAGGAAAAUGAAGCCACUUAUUUACGCUAAUUGACUGUUCUGUUUCCAGAGAGGAAAGCCUUUGGUUCUUUUGGGGGCAGAGCACUUGUUUUGAGAGAUGUGAUGGAAGGAAGGGAGGAAGUGUGUGGUCUUUAGGAAAUGUUGACUUGGUUCAGGUCUCAAAUGAGAUUUGGACCAAAACGGUAAGGCUCUAGCAGUGAGCAAUUCACUGAAAACAGUCCUGCCGCCAACCCAGGCUGGGAGGGAGUGUCCAAUGCUUGGGUUUUUUUCCACGAACAUAUUGGAUUCCAGUUUUUCUAAUUCAUUCAAGUAGACACUGUUUACACCUGCACUCCUGGUAGUUGGGAGCACCUGACACUAGACAUUCCAUGGUGAACUGCCAGGACAUCCCAUCUGUGCUGAUCGAAACCCAGCAACUCAGCACAGUCACCAACUCCACUGGUUGGUGUGUCUCAUCCGCAGCAUCUGGAGUUUAAGAAUAGUGUAGAAUCCUAGUAAAGUUAAGUGAUGGCUACGUCUAAUGUUCAUACUAACGAUCAGCCGACAGAAUUCUGGACAGGAAUUGCAGUCUACUUGUACCUUGGUCUGAGAAACAAAGAAAUAGCUUAAUUUAGAAAAUCUUGGCUUGAGUCAGGUCCUUUUCUGCAUAGUUCAAAGUGAGAAUGGAUUUAAUUGCCAUUUAACCAACCUUUCCUUUGCCCAUGGAGGAGAACAAUCUAGUGCUUAGCCUGAUCUCAGUUGAGAGAGAGAUUGUCUCAAAAAUCCAGUCAGGACUACACUAGUGUAAGAUGGAGUCUACACUCGUGGCAUGGACAGUGACAGAGGGUUUUGAAUACCUUUGAGUUUGUUGUAAUCCUAAGGGAGCGUCGGCCUUGGAAAGCAACUUCUGAGACUGCGGAAGGUGGGAGCUGGGGGGGCGGGUACAUGACACAGAGCCUCCACUUAAUGCCUGAACUCCAGCCAGCCAGAGCUCUGAGCCAAGCAAUAGUGCAAGUUACCCAUCACCAGCAUUCAUACAGAGCAGGGAUUCUGGCUUUCAGCAGGUGACCCCGGGGUGUGUAGGCAGAGGUUGACUGCCACAGACAGCUCCAGGACUCUAUCCAUGACAUUUCUCCCACCACAAAAUGGGUAGAAACAUGGUUCCUGCUUCAGGGCUCUGAUCGGUGUCUUUGCUUAUGACUCCAUUUCUGUGGGGCGCAGUGUAAUUUUGGAACUUGCCAUGUUUUCCUUAUAAUCUCCUAAGUUUAAAAGACUUGAGUUGUGUUCAGCAGGCGGUCGCACUGCCAUUGUCACCCCCUCUCCUUCAGUAUGGUUUUCGAGUACAGCUCCAGACUUCAGCGUCUGCUUGGUUGGCCCAUACCAUCUCCACUGUCUGAAAAGUGUUAAGCUGUCAGAGUCUUCAUGGGCCAGAGGGUAAUUUCUUGUGAAGUUGAAUGCAAGUGUACUGUCAUUCAUAGUGUUUAUAUAUUAAAAUACCAGGAAUCUUCACUUUUGCUACCUUGAUAUAGCAUUGGCUAUCAUGUUACAACAUUGAAAUACAUCAGUUUAUUAAAAAGGUACUUUUGUAAAAA